AUGGGGCACACCCUGGGUGUGCGCUGGAUACAGAGUCGUAAGAGCUGUAGCCACAUGGAAACGAGAUGGCGGUUCGCGCUGCGUUCUUCCCCGCGUCAGCUCGGAUCCAGCUGCUCCUCCAGACCAGCGUCACCCAUCAACGUCACGUUAGUCUCAGGUUUCAGUCGAUUUGCGGUGUACUCGACUGCCCAGAUCCUCUUCGCGGGUACCAUCGGUGAUCGCGAUGUGCUCUUCGCCUACGGUUCGGCCGAUCAAUCCCACGAGUUCGCCACCACCGUCCCGAACGUCACCUAUGCCUUCACUGCCGGAAACUUCAGCGGGCUUCAGACGUUACAAGACAGCAAUGACUCGCUCAUUGUAUUCGCAGAUACCGUUACGGCCGGCACGUUCUUCGCCCCUGUGUUGGCCAGUAGCGAUGCGCUUGGCGCGUUCUGGGGCAUUGGAAGCAACGAGACCCUUCUUGUAGGCGGACCCCAGCUCGUGCGCAAUGCGACGCUCGAAGACGGCACACUCGCCCUCUUCGGUGAUCUCAACUCUACCACUACCCCGCUCACCAUCAUCGGUCCCUCCACCAUCAGCGCCGUCACCUUCAACGGUCUUCCCGUGACCGUCAGCGCCAACUCCUCGUCCUCGAGCAUCUUGGUCGGCACCAUCUCUACGGACAUCCCGGAUAUCAGCGUCCCUGAACUCUCGGGGUGGAAGUUCGCCGACAGCUUGCCCGAGGCCAGCGCCGACUUCGAUGAUGGGAACUGGACCGUUGCGGAUCAUACUACAACGAAUAUCCCGGCGAAGCCGACUUACGGUGAUGGGAGGGUGCUGUACGGAUGUGACUACGGUUUCUGCGAGAACAUCGUGCUUUGGCGCGGUCACUUCAAUGCGACGGGUUCGGAGACGUCUGUCAAUCUCUCCAUCAACGGUGGACAGGCAUUCGCUGCGAGCGUAUUCUUGAACCAGCACUUCAUUGGGACUGCAUAUGGGAACUCCACGAACGACGAUAAUGCGAUCUCCGAGGUCGAUCAAGUGUACAACUUCACAACCGACCAGUUGAACGUGGGCAGCGAUAACGUCAUCACUAUCGUUCAAGACAACAUGGGUCUCGACGAGUUCGGUUCCACUAUCAAGUCCGCCCGCGGCGUGCGCGGCUUCCAGCUCAACCCCGAGGGUAACUUCACUGAGUGGAAGGUGCAGGGGAAGAUUGGCGGCUACACCGGCUUCCCCGACAAAGUGCGGGGUGUGGUGAACGAGGGUGGUCUCUUCGGAGAGCGCGAAGGGUGGCAUCUACCCGGCUUUGACACCUCGAGUUGGGAAGACCGCGAUUUGAGCUCUGGCCUCCCAAACGCGACGGCCGGCGUCGGCUUCUUCGUCACGACAUUCGACCUCACCGUUCCCUCCGGUGUCGACGCGCGAUUCAGCUUCAACUUCGAUAGCAACACCAACUCAACCGACGUGCCUUACCGCGCCUAUCUCUUCGUAAACGGCUGGAUGAUGGGCAAGCGUGUUGGAAACCUUGGGCCACAGACGAAGUUCCCGGUCCAUCAGGGUAUCCUGGAGUUCAACGGCACGAACACGGUGGCGGUGGCGUUUUGGGCUAUGGAGGAUGCCGAAUUCAAGCCGACAUUGAGUCUCGCCCUUGAUGAGGUUGUAUCGGGUGGGGUCGGGCCUGUGUCGUCGAACAAUCCGACGUUCGCAGAAUUGCGGUCUUGA